CGCCACCUUCGCAGGGCAGCCGCGGCGCGCGAUCACGUGAGCUUAAUUGCUAUCGAUGACGACUUACAUCAUGUGAUCUCAGCGGAUGGAGCCACAUAUGCACGUGACUAAUGCAGCCCACUUGUGCCUUGAUGCCUUGGUGCCUGUCAAACUCGGCAUUUACAGCCGACGUCGUGUUUCCCUCCGUUCCCUUUGUUCGUCUUCCUGCUCGCUAGUCGGGGCUAUUGUUCGCCUACUCACUCGGAGAAGAAGAAUCGGCAGUCACGACAUACCCGGCAUUGCAGUCUUAUGUGGUAUUUGCGACUGUGUGGUUGACUUGAUUCUCCGUCUGCAUCAAACUUUCUUCAUUCCGAUCCGGGCAUUCAAUCCGGGUGAUCAUGGCGCCCAUCAAUCUGCUGCUCAACCGUCUCAGGAUUCUAUACUCGAAAGACUACGAUGAGCCAGCUAUAUCAACGACGACAGCUGCUUUCUUCUCGGUUCUACUUACUCUUCUAUACGUGAUACCAUUCUACGUGAAUGCCACCACACGGCCGUCCCCGACUCUAAGUCGCGAUGCGCCAUCAGUGAUCCGGGCAAGAAUCCGAAGCGUGACCCUGUCAUGCAUCGUGAGCACUCUCAUCGUUGCCUGGCUGAUCAUCGGCAAAGACGACGGGUCUCUGACCGAGGCCCUCAAGCUCCUGGGCUGGUGGCCCGUCAGCUUCACCGACAUCUUCCGCAGUUUGAUCCUGACAGCCAUUCUCUUCGCGGGUCCGCUGUUCGAAAGGGGCAUCGCAGAGGGCGAAUGGCGUGAAUGGGUCCAUGGUAGUCGGAUCACCGCUUCCUUGCGCAGCUGGAUCGGGUGGAGGAACUACGUGGCGGGCCCAAUCACUGAGGAGAUCAUGUUCCGCUCCGCGAUAGUUCCACUGCAUCUGCUUGCCAAAGUCUCGCCCGUGCGCAUCGUCUUCGUGGCACCUCUGUACUUUGGCAUCGCGCACGUGCAUCACUUCUACGAGUUCCGCCUCACGCACCCGGACACCUCGGUGAUCGCAGCACUACUACGCUCCAUCUUCCAGUUUGGCUAUACGACCAUCUUCGGCUGGUAUGCCACUUUUCUCUACCUUCGCACCGGUUCUCUCCCCGCGGUCAUCCUCGUGCACACCUUCUGCAACUGGUGUGGACUGCCCCGGUUGUGGGGGCGGGUCGAGGCCGGCGUCCCCAUCGGCCCACCAUUGGCCAAGGGUAAAUGGGGCUCGGGUGAGACGGGAAAUGGGCAGUUGGGCAUGGGUUGGACAGUCGCGUAUUAUGCCCUGCUGGUGGGGGGUGCGGUGGGAUUCUAUUAUGCGCUGUGGCCGCUGACAGACUCGUUUAAUGCUCUAGCCUCUUUCUCGAGUCCGCACAAGAGGGUAUGAAGGAUGAGGUUGUGAGGUAUCCGCACCGACACGGUUCAGUUUGAGUUCUGAUGGUCGGGAUUGACAUGUUUCCAUAUAUAUAUCUAAUAUGCUUUAAUGUGACCUGUCGCGGAUAGGCUGAAUAUUACGUCGAGGUUCAUAUUCUUUUAUAAUCUG